GCCUCACACCUCACACAACACACUUAUAUAAGAAGUAGUUUUAGAGAGGAAUAAAAUUGCAAUUACCCUAACCCUAAUAACACCACCCCUCUCUGAAUUAUAUAAAAAGCAAUACAACACCAUACCUUUCUCCUCCCCCAUCUCACCCUCUACAAACCCUAAUCAAUCUGCACCGACUUUCUCUCUCUACAAUCAGAAUCGAUUGUGAAUGGUGGAAUUCUUUAGCAAUUGGUUAAUGAUCUCCCCCUUUCCUUCGCGGGGGAUCUCUGCAACCUCUGCCUUUUCGUUUGGAUCUUGCAAGGAAGGCUGGUACUACCGCUGCCUCGGCGUCGACCCAUAGACACCGCCCCCUCCUCCCUCUUUCUCUCUCUAGAGAAACCCUCACUUUUUCUCUCUCUACGGUCCCAAUUUCUAGUCUAGAGUUUUUUUUAUUCCCUUCAAUUUUUGUUCUUUUGUUCUUUCCGUGACAAUGCUACUGUACAAGCAAAAGAAGAGUCAGCCCAGCAAGGGCAACCGGCUGUUGAUCAGCAUUACUGUCCUUGGAAGCGCCGGUCCGAUCCGUUUCGUCGUCAAUGAAGAAGAGCUCGUCGCCACCGUCAUCGACACCGCCCUCAAAUCGUACGCUCGGGAGAAGCGCCUCCCGAUUCUCGGCACUGAUAUAAACAAUUUCGUGCUCUACUGCCCCAAUGCCGUAGCAGAAGCUUUGAGUCCAUGGGAGACAAUUGGGUCACUCGGCGUCAGGAAUUUCAUGCUCUGCAAGAAGUCCCAGCCGGAGAAAGCUAUGGAUGAUGCAAAAUCGGAGAUUUCUCGGAAGGGUACUGGCAGUUGGAAGACAUGGUUCAAUAAGUCUCUCAAUCCUAAGAUCUCUAGCCAUUAAAUUCCUCCCAGUUACAGAACAUUGUCGUUUGUUUCACUUUUACCUUUGUUUCGAAUUUCUCUGUUUUCGAUUUGGUAUGCUUUAGUUCUGGUUUCGAGUUGCAAUAACUUGAAUUAGGGCAUCACAAAUAAAUUGUAAACUUACAGAUAAUUUUGCUUUGAAAUAAAAUAGGGAGCUUUGAUUUACCUUUAA